AUGGGCAACGCUUUCCGAACAGUCAUUGCUUUCUUCCCAUCAGAUGCCUGCCAGAAAUACAUUCUGGGAGACCUUGAAGAGAUGCCAAUUGAUAAAAUGUUGGAUCUGAGCAGCAGGCAGGUGAGGAGGUUCCCGCUGCACGUUUGUUCUUUCAGGGAACUGGUCAAAUUGUACCUGAGCGACAACAAUCUGAAUCAUCUGCCCUCUGAGCUAGAACAGCUGCAGAACCUACAGAUCUUGGCACUGGAUUUCAACAAUUUCCAAACGCUUCCCCCGGUGGUGUGCACCUUGAAGCAGCUGUGUAUCCUUUACCUGGGCAACAACAGACUUGGAGACUUGCCAGUAGAGCUGCGCCAGCUGCAGAACCUGAAGACACUCUGGAUUGAGUCCAACUGUUUGUAUCACCUGCCCAACGUGGUGUGCGAGUUGAAGCAACUCAAGACGCUGCAUGCCGGCUCCAAUGCGCUGCACUCCCUGCCUGCGCAGCUGUGGUACCUGAAGGACCUGCGCAGCAUCUGGCUCUCAGGCAACCUGCUGCCUGAAUUCCCCCCCGUGUUGCUUCACAUGCCAUUCCUGGAAAUUAUCGACGUCGACCGCAACAUCAUCACUUACUUCCCCAGUCUCACGCACCUGAGCAGCUUGAAGCUGGUGAUCUAUGACCACAACCCCUGCAGAAACGCACCCAAGGUAGCCAAGGGGGUGCAUAGGGUUGGGAGGUGGUCUGAGGAAAGCCCCGAACCUAGGAAACGAUCUGGUAUGGAUAGGAUCAAAGGAUCUGAGGACAUCGACUCUAUUCUCCCUCCUCCAGGCCAUCUCAGUCUAGCCGAGUGA